AGGGCAUCUCGAGUAGAGAAGAAAGGUGGAGCAGCGCCGAGGGCGGCGGUCCCGAGGACCCCGCAGCCCAGCCCCGAACUGCGCGCUCAGGUCGGUGGGCCGGAACCAUGAGCUCCUACCUGGAGUACGUGUCGUGCGGCGGCGCGGGGGGCGGCGACCUGCUUAGCUUCGCGCCCAAGUUCCGCCGCGCCGACGCCCGGCCGGUGGCCCUGCCGCCCGCCUUCGCCCUGGGGAGCGGCGACGGCGCUUUCGUCGGCUGCCUGCCCCUGGCCGCGGCCCGCCCCGCGUCUUCGCCCCCGGCCACUCCCGCGCCACCCCCUGCCGCGCCGCCGUACGCGCCGUGCCCCCUGGAGGGUGCCUGCGAGCCGGGCGCCCCCCCUGCCGCGGCGGGCGGCGCGGACUACGCCUUCCGGGGGCCCGGGCCAGCCUACGACUCCCCGUGCGCGCUCGGGCGGCCGGCGGACGACGGCGGGGCGCACGUCCACUACGCUGCCUCGGCCGUCUUCUCGGGCGGCUGCUCCUUGCUCCUCAGCGGCCAGGUGGACUGCGCGGCUUUUGGCGAGCUCGGCCCCUUCCCGGCGUGUCUCAAAGAGCCCGCCGAAGGCCAGUUCGGGGCCUUCCAGACCGCGUCCCCGGACCCUGGCGCCUACCCCAAGUCCUCCUCCCCCGCCUCCGGCCUCCCCGCCGCUUUCAGCACGUUCGAGUGGAUGAAAGUGAAGAGGAACGCCUCUAAGAAAAGCAAAGUCGCCGAAUACGGAGCCGCUAGCCCCUCCAGCGCGAUCCGCACGAAUUUCAGCACUAAGCAACUGACAGAACUGGAGAAGGAGUUUCAUUUCAAUAAGUACUUAACUCGAGCCCGACGCAUCGAGAUAGCCAACUCCUUGCAGCUAAAUGACACCCAAGUCAAAAUCUGGUUCCAGAACCGCAGGAUGAAACAGAAGAAGAGGGAACGAGAAGGGCUUCUGCCCUUGGCCAACCCUAUGGCUUCUUUCCAACUUCCCCUCUCAGGGAAAACGUGCCCAGCUGCCAGCCCAACUCUGCUGCUAUGUUGCCUUAGUCAUAUGCAAUUCCUGGGUGCAGAAUGGCAGUGCAUUAGCUGCAGAACUCUGCCAACCCCCUGAUGUGCUCCAAAGAGCAUCUACCCCCAAAACCCAAAGUUUUUCUGGUUUUAAUUAAAAGGACAAGACUACAUGUAUUCAGCUUCUUGAGAUGACCAAAGCUAGUUUCAGCCUCUUUGAUGUAGCUAAGCUGCUUCGAUGAUGAUCCUCACAUUUGCACUCCAGUUUUGUUUUUCUUUAAGGAGCAAUUUCUACCUCUCCAUGUGCCUGAAUGAAGAUACAAUCGCUGUUUAGUUAGUAGCUCAACAAAUCCACAGGGUGGGUAAGGAUUAGAACCUGAACUACACGUCACACCAAUUACUCAAACUUGAAUGUAAAUAUAUACAGUAUGUAUAUUUUUAAAAAGGCUUGCUCGAAAUGAACAUAUAUGACACUUAAUGUCAUGGCAUG